AGUGAGCCUUAAACGGUCAAAGAUGGCGGAGCGGGAACCGAUGGCGACGGCGAUGCGGUUGAGAAACCAGUUACAGUCGAUGUACGGACUCGACCCUUUGCGAAACGAGGAAGAAGUCAAAGUUAAGAUCAAAGAUCUGAAUGAGCACAUUGUCUGCAUUUUGUGUGCCGGGUACUUUAUUGAUGCCACAACAAUCACUGAAUGCUUGCAUACCUUUUGUAAGAGCUGCAUUGUGAAAUACCUGCAAACCAGCAAAUACUGCCCCAUGUGCAACAUAAAAAUCCACGAGACGCAGCCGCUGCUGAAUCUCAAGUUGGAUCGAGUUAUGCAGGACAUCGUAUAUAAACUGGUUCCUGGGCUGCAGGAACGUGAAGACAGGAGAAUUAAAGAAUUCUACCAGUCUCGUGGACUGGAACGAAUUACUCAAUUGUCUAAUGAAGAUGGAGUUGCAGAUGCCGCUGGAUUGCUCUUCACCCACUUUGAUCGUCCAAAAGCCCAUUUCUACAAAAACGACGAACAGGUCUCCCUCUGUUUGGAAAGUUCAUCAUCGCUACCUGGCAAAGACAGAAUCAAGCUGGUACAACAGCAGAGGUUUGUGCGGUGCUCCGUGAGGGCAGAGGUGCAGCACCUGCGCAGAGUGCUGUGUCGCCGCCUGAGGGUGCAGAAGCAGCAGGUACAGAUGUUGUUCAACAAUGAGUGUUUACCGGAUCAUAUGACUAUGAAACAGCUCUGGCUCUCACGCUGGUUUGGAAAGGCACAGCCUUUGGUUCUACACUACACAGUGAAGGACAAGCGCGGGAGGUAGAAGAAAUGCCUGUUUUGUUUGACAUUUUGUGAUUGAAUGCAUUAUCUUUUGUAUAUCUUGCGUUUUAUAUAUGGUAUUUUAUAUAUUCUGUAAAUAUUAAUACUUAUUUUGCUUUUGUUUGUCUAUUUAUAAAAUAAAUUUUGUAAGUGA